AUGUGGAACGGCCUUAAACCGGAACAUCAUCAUCAGAAAAUUCAUAGUGGAGAGAAAACUUAUGAAUGUAAUGCAUGUGGGAAGGCUUUCCAUUGGAGCAGUGAGCUUGUUCAACAUCAGAGAACUCAUACAGGAGAAAAAUCUUAUAAAUGCAGUGACUGUGGGAAGAUAUUGCGCUAUAGCUCAUGUCUUCUUCAAUAUCAUAGGAUUCAUACUGGAGAGAAACCUUUUGAAUGUUAUGAAUGUGGGAAGGCCUUCCACUGGAGCUCACACCUUACACAUCAUCAGAAAAUUCAUAGUGGAGACAAACCUUAUGAAUAUAAUGAAUGUGGGAAGGCCUUUCACUGGAGCAGUGAGCUUAUUCAACACCAGAGGACUCAUACAGGAGAGAAACGUUAUGAAUGCUCUGAAUGUGGGAAGGCUUUCCACUACAGUUCCACCUUAUCACACCAGAGAAUUCAUACUGGAGAGAAACCUUAUGAAUGUUAUGAAUGUGGAAAGGCCUUUCACCAGAAUUCACACCUUACUCGACAUCAGACAAUUCAUACUACCGAAAAACCUUAUAAAUGUAAUGAAUGUGGAAAAGCCUUCUGCCGGAAACCAGACCUUACUAGACACCAAAAAAUUCAUACUGGAGACAAACCUUAUAAAUGUAAUGAAUGUGGGAAAGCCUUUUCCCGGAACACAGAACUUACUAGACAACGGAGAACUCAUACUGCAGAAAAACCUUAUAAAUGUAAUGAAUGUGGGAAAGCUUUCUGUCAGAGCACAGAACUUAAUCGGCACCAGAGAACUCAUUCUGGGAAAAAACCAUAUGAAUGUAAUGAAUGUGGGAAGGCCUUUUACUGGAGACCACACCUCACUAGACAUCAGAAAAUUCAUGCUGGAGAGAACCUUAAACAUAUUCAUCAGCCAAUUCGGGUGACUUACCUCCUCAGGCCACUUCCCUUCCUUACUUGCUGUAGACAGCUGGUGGUGCAGGGACAGAGCUCGGACUUGGAGUCAGGAGAAUGA